CGAAGUUAACACAACCAAUCCAAGCAAAAUGAUGAAAUUCUUCGCCGUUGUCCUGUGCGCUCUGUUCGCCGCCGCUGCUGCCAGUCCCGGUUUGUUGGCCUACAACGCCCCCCUGGCCUACUCCACGCCCCUGGCCUACAGCGCUGUGCCAGCUGCUGCCCCCCUCGCCUAUACCGCCGCCUACACCUCUGCCUACGCCCCCUACGUCGCCCCCUAUGCCAGCAGCUACAGUGCCCACAGUGUGGCCCACAGCGCCGCCCUGCCAGCCGUUUAUGCCGCCGCCCCUGUGGCCACCAUCCUGAAGAAGUAAGCUUUCCCAGGAUGCCAAAGGGAUCCUGCAAAAAUGCCGCACGUGUCCACCAGACAUCGUCACUGUCGCAGAUACAGCUACAGCAACAGAUACAGAUACAAACGGAGAUGGAGAUACACGCUCGGAGGCAAAUACAAAUAAAAAACGCAAU